CUUAUCAGUUCGCGCCGGGCAGCCGGGAAGCGCGGUCCUCAUUGCAGAGAGUCGGAAGAAGACGGAAACCGCGAGAGGGCGCCAAACCUCGUGCUUUUUGAAAUCUGUGCUCAGGUCAUUCCGCCUUUUCGAAGUUGUUUCUGCCUAAUUUUGUCCUUGGUGAAAGUGAGAGAAGAUAAUUGAAGAGGUGUAAAACGGAGUUCUUCUUUCUAAUUGGAUCUUCGACAACGUCUUGUCAAUGUACGAAAACAUGACCCUCGAGUAAUGAUGCCACCAACAAUCUUGGCUUCAUAGCGCGUACAUUGAGAGAGAGAGAGAGAGAGAGAGAGAGAGAGAGUUAAGAUGCCGCAUGCUGGGAGGACGGAACGGUGGAAAAGAGCGCUACUCUUAGCAUCGUGGUUACUCGCACUCCUUCAGUCAAUACAACUCACAAAAGCACAAUAUAACGUGAUCGAAGAGGAGCCUGGUCUUGAGGUGCCUCCGGCUCCUUGUGCAGGCUACAAACCGGGCGAAGAUGAUCUUCAAACCUUUGAUUUCAUCAGGAAGUAUAAAUUAGACUUGCUGGACUCUCAACGCCCCGGAGUAACCAGGGUCAGGGGAAGUAAUCGCAUGCAAACGGCGUAUAGAUUAGACAGAGAUGCAGAUUUGACCCUACCAACAAGUGAUAUUUUUCCCUCCGGAUUACCAGAGGAGUUCAGUUUAAUAUGUACCUUCAAAACGCGAAAGUGGCCAAACCGACCAUGGCACGUAGUGAGGAUACUCGAUGUCGAAACACGGCCACAAUUCCUGAUCACUUUGAACCUGAGGAAACGGACUUUGGAAUUCUCGAUCGUGAAUUACGACGGAAAACUGAAAACAGUAGUCUUCAAUAACGUUUCCGUUUUCGACAAAGGCUGGCACAAGAUUCACUUUGGCGUCUUCAGGCAGAGCGUGGUCUUGUACUUAGAUUGUGGCAAAGGGAUUUCACAACCAUUGGAACUGAAAGGACCCAUCGAUGUCAAAGGAAAAACCUCCAUCGCCAAAGUUGGCAACUCAAAACGAACAGUACCUGUUGACUUACAAUGGAUGUUACUUAGUUGUGACCCCACAAGACCCGCACGAGAAACAUGCGACGAAUUACCGAAGAUUAUACCUGGCUCUGGUACUCCCUCUAAUCUGACAGGAAAACCUCCUGAAACGUGUUCUACCACCUGUCCACAAGGACCUCCUGGCUAUAAUGGCACACAGGGAGUAACAGGUCCUCCGGGACCACCUGGACAGAAAGGAGAACGUGGCUUCAUAGGUUUACCGGGAAGCGCGGGGCUCUGGGGCGAGCCUGGACCACAAGGACCGCGGGGUUUGGCUGGUGCCAAAGGACAACUUGGUCCCCAAGGCAUCAUCGGCCCUCAAGGAUUUCCAGGGAGCCCUGGACCCAAAGGUGACCGCGGAGACAUGGGUUUCGCUGGACUUAAGGGAGAUCAGGGUGAAAUCGGGCAGCCGGGUUUUCCUGGUGCCCCAGGACCUCAAGGACCUCCUGGAAACGGGAGUGGAGAAAUUGUGCGAGGCCCCCCGGGGCCCGUUGGACCACCUGGGCCUCAAGGUGCUCCGGGAAUUCGAGGAUUCACUGGAGAACGAGGCGAUUCGGGGUUUCCUGGACGGGAUGGACUUCCGGGUGAACGAGGCUUGAAGGGCGAACGUGGAGAUUACGGACCACCGGGACCUCCAGGACUCCAAGGAUCAACGGGUCUUCCAGGACCACCGGGUCAACCCGGGAACGCAUUAAUCGGAGGAACAGUUCCUGGAGCUCCAGGAUUACCGGGAACGCCAGGCGCAGCUGGACUACAAGGUCCUGCUGGAGAAAAGGGGGUCAAAGGUGACCAGGGUGACCGUGGCGAACCUGGAAUUCGAGGUGACAAAGGAGAACGUGGCGAACGCGGUUAUCCGGGAUCAGACGGAUUUCCCGGAGAGUUGGGCAAAGACGGUAUCCCAGGCCUUCCAGGACCCAAAGGAGAAUUAGGAUUCCCCGGAACACCGGGUGCUCAAGGUUCUCCAGGACUUCCAGGACCUCCGGGAUCAGCUGGAGCGCCAGGGACUCCAGGGUCAAAGGGACUUUCCGGUGAUCCGGGAAUCAGUGGACCUGAGGGACCUGCAGGUUCUCCGGGUGAAGACGGACUACCAGGGGUUAAAGGAGAAAGUGGAGUGCCAGGCUUACCCGGUAUUCCGGGUCCUGUUGGACCACCUGGAAUUGACGGAACUCCUGGUUCCGACGGAAUGCAGGGCCCAUCCGGAUUGCCAGGCGAACCGGGAAAUCCUGGCCCUCAAGGUCCUACCGGACCAAUAGGAAAGUUAGGUUUUCCUGGACCAACGGGAAAACUUGGUGAAAAAGGAGAUAGCGGGCAACCCGGAGAACAAGGGCCCAUUGGACCCCGUGGGACACCAGGAAAUUCAGGGAGUCCAGGCGUACCAGGACAACAAGGGCCCCCUGGCCUGCCAGGACUAGAAGGAAGACAAGGACCUCCUGGUCCACCGGGACCACCGGGGCCCCCGGGUGACAUGUUGAGUACGAAUAGUGUCUUUCUCGAUGGUGGUGGAACUCCGGGUGUUAGUGGACCACGAGGACACCCUGGCACUCCAGGAAUGCCAGGUGAAAGAGGUGCCGCAGGAGAUCGAGGACCGGAAGGACAAAUGGGUCCUCCAGGAAUGCCUGGGAAAGAGGGAGCUCCAGGACUCCCGGGGCCGCCAGGACAGAGAGGACAGUCGGGCAUGCCUGGAAUUCAGGGAACCCCCGGAAGAAGUUACAGUGACGCGGAAAUUCGUGAUAUUUGUGCAACUGUACUGAGAGAGAGGCUGAGCGAAUUAACAGAUGGGCUACGAGGGCCACCCGGAAUGCCGGGUCUAAGCCGACAAGGCCGUCCCGGCCGAGCCGGAACCCAGGGCAUCCCAGGUGAUCCAGGUCCUCCAGGAUUGCCAGGAGAACGUGGCUUUGUUGGAAUGCCAGGACCACAAGGCCCCACUGGUCCUCAGGGACCACAAGGAGAAAGAGGUGACAAGGGUGAUCGGGGUCCUGAAGGCAUCGGAAUGGAAGGUCCGCCAGGUCUUCGAGGAUUGCCAGGUCCUCCGGGAAAUGACGGAGUUGGUUCACCGGGAAGACAGGGCGACAGAGGAGAGGCAGGACGACCUGGUGUUCCUGGUAUGCGAGGAGCUCCGGGUGCUCAAGGAGCGCCAGGAUAUUGUGAAUUUUGCAAUUAUCCAACUGCCAAUUACCUACAAUACAAUAGUCAGGGUACAAACAAAGGACCUCCUUAACAUUGCAUAGAUACACUGUAUGUAUAAAUAACGUGCGAUACUCGAUGUAUUCAUCUUAACAUUCAAGGUGUAAGCAAACUCUUGAUUAUCACUUUCAAAUAUAAACUUAAUAGGUGCUAUUUUGACAUCUUCAUUGUGAUUGUCGAAACAUACUAUUUGAAGAAUGUUAACUUAACAUAAUCACGUAAGUCGCAUAUCCUUAUGUGCAAUUCACUGUGUAUGUGUUCACAUUUAAGUGUAGACACUAAAUUACGGCUAUAGGUACUUGUAAGAUUUAGGCAUCUAUGAUGUUGUCGAAACAACAAAUUUGAACAGCUAACACUGUGUGUAACGCUACAUAUUAGGAAUAUAUAUAUAUAUUAAUUAGUCAAAUAAAUUUGACAUAAGUGA